AUGUUUCGAACUUCGAAGGUUGUGAGCAAAGAGAAAGUGAUCCAAGUGGGUAUGAUGGAGCACAUCAAGAGAGAAAUCUCGGUGAUGAAGAUGGUAUGGCAUCCAAACAUAGUCGAGCUCCACGAAGUUUUGGCGGGCAAAUCCAAGAUCUACUUCGCCAUGGAACUCGUCCGUGGAGGCGAGCUGUUCUCGAAAAUCGCUAAGGGUCGGCUUAAAGAAGACGUGGCGAGAGUCUAUUUCCAACAACUCAUCUCCGCCAUCGAUUUCUGUCACAGCCGCGGUGUCUACCACCGAGACCUCAAGCCUGAGAACUUGCUCUUAGACGAAGAAGGUAAUUUGAAAGUCACUGAUUUUGGUCUCAGCGCUUUCACUGAUCAUUUGAAGCAAGAUGGGUUGCUACACACAACAUGUGGCACACCAGCUUAUGUGGCGCCGGAGGUGAUUGGAAAGAAAGGCUACGAUGGUGCUACAGCUGAUCUUUGGUCCUGUGGAGUUAUCCUGUUUGUUCUUCUAGCUGGGUUUUUGCCAUUUCAGGACAAUAAUCUUGUGGCCAUGUAUAAUAAGAUUUACAGAGGUGACUUCAAGUGUCCACCAUGGUUUUCUUUGCUAGGUUUUGAGGAUUUUCCUGCAUUCGAGCCUGUUCAUAUCAUUGCUCCCAUAGGUGCCACCUUCCUUAGGCAAAGAGUGGCUCAGUUAAAAGCUAGCUCUAAAUGCCCUAAAGUUGAGUCUUUUACAGGUGCUGCAUCUAUGCCUCCUUCUGCUGAUCCUACUAUUGUGGAUUUUGUUGACCCCACUGCUGCUGUGGAUCCUCCACCUUCUUCAUCGGGUGAUUCUUCUAUUCGGAGUAUGUUGGAGACUGUCAUGACCAUUCAGGCGGCUCAUGGAUAG